CAAAUGUACUUUCUAUUGUAUUCCACCAGCCAGUUCACUGGUUUCUCCCGGUCCGACCUCUGGUGUCUCACGACAGCCGUGUUUGAGUUAAAAAGAAAAAAGAAAGAAAGUUGAAGUCUUGUGGAGAAAGUUCGUCAUUGACCAGUCCUUUCACCAUGGCCGGAGGCUCAGUGUCGGAGUGUAAGGAGUUCCUGUUCAAGGUUUUGGUGAUUGGGGAACUGGGCGUCGGGAAAACCAGUAUCAUCAAGCGGUACGUGCACCAGCUCUUCUCGCAACACUACCGAGCGACCAUCGGCGUCGACUUUGCACUAAAAGUUAUCAACUGGGACAGCAAAACGCUCGUGCGGUUACAACUUUGGGAUAUUGCAGGUCAGGAACGUUUUGGGAAUAUGACGCGGGUGUACUACAAAGAGGCGGUGGGGGCGUUUGUGGUGUUUGACGUGACGAGGGGUUCCACGUUUGAGGCCGUGUCCAAAUGGAAACAUGACCUGGACAGCAAGGUUAAGCUGGCCAACGGCAGCCCCAUCCCCUCAGUGCUCCUGGCCAAUAAAUGUGACCAGAAGAAGGAAAAUUCCAACAAUGCAUCCCUAAUGGACAACUUCUGCAGAGAGACCGGCUUUCUCGGCUGGUUUGAAACCUCGGCUAAGGACAACAUCAAUGUGGACGAGGCAGCACGUUUCCUUGUAGAGAACAUCUUGGCCAAUGACAAAGGCUUGCCGUACGAGGAGAGCAACGGAGAGCGGAUCAAACUGCACCAGGAGACUGUGGCUGCCGAGAGCAAGUCAGGCUGCUGCUAACACUUAACCCGCACUGCCAUCAACCCUGUCCUGGCACGCCCCCAACCACGCACCUACCAUGUGGCUCCAUCCUCCUGCCGAGGCCUUGGACAUGAGUAGGAAUUUCGGAGUCUCUAGACUCUUUAAUUCCCAAAUCCUCUUGCCACAGUGUAAACCCAUCUGGUCUUUUCAACUGUUGCUUUUUCGACCUUUUCCCCCACUGAGCCAUGAAUAGUCGCCUACUCUGACUCUCCAGUUGUUCCUAAUAUUUUUCCCAUCAUUUCAGUAUGUCUUUUUUUUUUGUUGCUUUCCUUCAAACUAGAGGGCCUGUAUCACACGUUUUUGUCAACUUACAUCUCCGUAAUUGUGGACUGCACCCCAUGUUGCUGAACCUCGGCACGCCCAUGUUGUUCCCGGCCACACUGGGAAUCCUGGACUGUAUCACACCAGCUGAAGGGUUGCAAACUGAGUAACGUUGAUACUCACAAGCUAACAAAAGCAACCCGUAACAGCCUGUAGAUUUUUUUUCCAGAUUGUCCAUUUUGUGUGUCCCCCCCCCCCCCCCCACAUUCCUCUUUAUAUCUGUUCCCUGGUCAGUCAGGUAGCUCUUGUGUGCCACAAUGGAGACUUUAUUGACGGGUGUUUCACCAGUUAAUUGAGAUGAAAAACAUAUGUAGAUGACUCAUAAACAAGCAUCUUAUUGAUGAUCUUGCCUCCAUCUGUCUUUUAUAUUGGCUUGCAAUGUAAAAAGCAAGGAAAGGGGCAUCGCACAUUUAGCAAUGUCGCACUACUAUUUUUCAUAAUGGUUUCUCAAGCUUGGUUGUCUUUUCUUUGUGUACGUGACCACAUGUAGCCGAAUAAUGCACAACAGUAAGUGUUUUUUGUUUUAACAUGAAGGUUUGUCACUUUUUUUAGUGUACUCUCCAAGCACUCACAAAAUGGGCAAAAAAGCCCAUCAUAUCAGCAUUCUGAAGGAAUAAUGAGUAAUGAAGGUAUUAUAUAAGAAAUGGAAUGAACUCUGUUUCAAUUUGUAUUUCUUUAAUUGUACAAAAAGGUACAUCUGAGGUAUGUAUUUUUUAAACUCUUCGGCCGUACAUAGUUGGUGGGCUAGCUCGUGGCUAACAUCAGAGGAUUUCUCCAUCUCGUCUUAUGGGGAUUUCAGUCUCUCUUGAUGUUAGUCAACUUUUUUCUGUUUUGAAUAUGGAGUUUGGAUUAUGAAGUUUACACAUAAAAAAUACGUAGUCUACUCCAAGAGCAGAAAAGAAUAAACAUUUUUAAAAGCUUAUUUUGCUGUUCCUCAUUCCAGCUGUUGCAGCUGAGAGAUCUACCGCCUGUCUUUAUCGAUGUACAGACAAGGCAUUUUGUCAUUCAAUAAACAGAAAAAAAACUCCAGGUACAGUGAGGUGCGAUGGAUUAAAUACUACUCUGUCAGAAUGGAAAGGAUAUAUUUCAACCACGGAUCAAGGACAAACUAUUCGCAGUCCACAACCCAGUUGCAUUUUCCAGAUUAUUGUAACAAGCUGAAAGAAACAGCAUCAUCUCACAUGUCGAGGUCUUCCUGGUUUACAUGUAACACAUUUUCCAGUGGCAUUCAGUCUAAACACGAAUGAUUGUCGCAGAGACAACAGGCCACUGAUAUGGCAGCGAAAACCUAUUGCAAAAAAAGUUGUCACAAAUGAUAAAAAUUACAUUCUGGCUUUUCUCGAACAAUGAACAGAGUGAGACUGUAAAUGUUUGCAAGGGGUAGUAUGUUUGAUGUCUGACGAUAAUACAAAUUGCUCAAUUUUGCUGCUUCCCAAAAUCUUGAUUGUUAAUUUGACACAAUAAAUAACCCUG